UUACAGUGGUUUAUGUAAUACUUCCUUCAUAUCUGAUGAUGGCAGAGGUGUUGUCUCAUAAACCUGAGAUUAAAUAUUAAUCUCCUGGUGGAACAAGGAGGAGCCAUACUAACAAAAGCCUUUUAAUGCUUCAUUUAAAUGUGUACCUUGCACCCUCACAAAGCCCAGGGCUCAGCAGGAUCAUGAGAUUCACCACAGAUCCAGUGGAUACCCCAGAGUUACCAAAGAAGUUCACUUUCAACCCGAAAGAAGGAAUUGACAACCCUGCUUUAGUGAUCUCGGAUGACAAAGAGCCUGAUGUGCAUCCGCGGCUUUGUGUUCUGAAGCGGGAGGAGGGUCAGGGCUUUGGCUUCUACCUGAGCAAGGACACUGGCUGCAGGGGACAUGUGGUUCGGCAGGUGGAGCCUUGGAGCAGCGCAGAGCGGGGUGGGCUGAAAAUGGGGGACCGUGUUUUGGAGGUCAAUGAGGACUUUGUGGAUGACAAGGAGCACUCGACUGUGGUGCUGAAGGUGCAGGCGUCUGGGCUGAAGCUAUAUCUGUUAGUGCUGAGUGCUCAGGAUUAUGAGUUUGCGGUUUCGGAGGGAAGAGACCUUACGUCGCUCGCUAGAGCUUACCAUCCCGUGGAGGGCUGUUCUCGCCCACGGUUAUGUUACAUCACUAAAGAGCCUGGCAGCGGCUUGGGCCUCAGAAUCAUUCCUAUUGAAGGUGUGCGAAGCAGUUAUCGUCUCAGCCCAGUGAGUGAUGGUCCAGCUGAGAGAGCAGGAGUCCAGAAUGGAGACAGGCUGAUCUGGAUCAAUGGAGUCAUGAUUUCAGCACUCACAAAUGCAGCACUGUCAAAAAUGGUGAAGAAAUGUGAGGAUCACGUGACUGUCUUGGUUAUUGACAGCAGGAGUGAAGAGAGUUAUAAUCGCAUGAGAUUACCCAUAAUUCCUGCAUUCGCCAAAACUCAUAAUCUACCCUACAGACCAAAAACGCUACACUUGACUCAAGGACCACAGGGAUACGGGUUCCUCUUAAGGCAAGAGAAGUUAAGAUCUGGGCGUAUUGCUCAUGUAUUACGAGAGAUUGACCCCUGCAGCCCAGCUGAAACUGUAGGAAUGGAGGAUGGAGAGCUUGUGCUAGCGGUAAACGGGGAGCAGGUGGAGGAUGCAGAGCAUGAGGGCAUCGUCAGCAAAAUACGGCAAAGUGGCCAGCAGGUCACCCUAACCACCAUCUCCAUCCCAGGCAGAGACUAUUACACACAGCUGGGUAUUUCUCCAUUGCUGUUCUUUGAAGACCAUAUUCCAAAAAAGGAACAGUUCCCUAAACCUCCUCCACAACAUCAUGAGGGACACCAAAUUCCACCGCACCCUCGACUUUGUGUGCUUCACAAAGAGGGCUCGGGAUUUGGCUUCAACCUAGGCUGUGUUCAGAAUAAGCCUGGGACUUAUAUCGGCCAGGUGAUGAUGGGGAGUGCAGGAGAGAGAGCUGGGCUGUGUGAGUGGGAUGUGGUGGUAGAGGUGAAUGGACAGAAUGUGGAGGAAGAGUAUUUUGAUGAAGUGGUGAGGCUGAUAAAAGAGGGAGGAACGCCUCUCAGGCUGCUAGUCGUGGAAGGAGAAGGAUAUCAGAAACUGAGAAACACCAUGCAGACUUCAGGUCUCAAAACCAGCCAGACUUCAAGUUCAGGACUCAAUCUUUCGCAGUAACACGGUUCCAGACACUUCACAAGACGAUUUUGUAUGAAUUAAUAUAACGAGGUAAAAACAUUAAAUUUAUUAACUUAUUAAUUUAAAAAUUCCUGUAAAAAUUGAAUUUUUUAAAUAUAUAAUAAAAGACGACUCACAAGACGAUUUUGUAUGUAUUACUAUCACUAGGUAAAAACUGUAAUUUUGUUAACUUAUUAAUUUAACAAUUCCUGUAAUUAAUUGUUUUUGUUUUUUUAAAUAUACAAUAAAACUAAACACCAGUAAAUUCCCCUUCCCGUCUCUCUGCUGGAGAACACUAAUACUGUCUAUAUAGUCAUUUCAGCUGAUUUGUAC